AUGAGCGGCAACAAUACCGGAACUGGUAGUCCAGUUCAAACUACUAUGGAUGCGGUUGUCGCGGCCUGGGAGUCAACAGUCCACAAGAUUCGCCAGUGCAAGAAGGAGGCUCAAGCCCAGUUGGAGGAGCUUGCUGGCCUGGGCCCUGCUGCUGAGGACGCUCUUCCUCAAUUCGAGACCUCGACCGCUGUUCUCGCCGCCAUUGCUGCCUCUCCAGCUCCCGUCUCACCAGCAAUAGCCGCUGAGUCCGAAGGCGAGGAUGUCGACAACAAGAAGGAUGAGGGCAAAGAGAAGGACGUCGACACUUCCGCUAUUACAGCCACAACCCAAACCAAGUCGGUCGGCAGCAGAAAGUCCAGAUUUGGAACCAUCAGCUCGAAGAAGGAUGUCAAGGGCAAGGACAAGGCGAUUUCCAAAUCGCCUUCGCCGGAGACUUUCUCCCCCAAGACUUUGAGCAAAAUGACGAAGAUCGUCAAGAACGGCAGACUUGUUGGCAGGCUCCCACUCAUCAAACCUAUCUCUACGCUGAAACUCGCCAGUCUUAGCGCUGCCAUCCAAUCGGGCUCCACCCCUGGUCCUCCCAGUUCCAAGCAGCGCCCUAUCACGCCCGAGCCCGUGUCAGAGACCGAGGAGUCUGAGACUGAGUACUUGUCCGUGUUGGAGUUCAACCACGGACUUUCUUCCCCUCCCGAUGCCUCUUCCACUCCCGGCCAUGCUUUGGCUACCGCUGCCGUUGUUACCGCGGGCACUUCCGGCGAUCAUAUCCCGCUUGAAGACCAGGAGCAGCCCAUUGUCAGCAUUAAAGACGGAGAGCAUGAAGUCGAAACUCUCGAUUGUGGCCCUACUACUACCACAGCUGAAGCUAGCAAUAGCGCGGGCAAAUCUGAAUCUGUAUCCGGAACCAACAUUACCUCUUCCGACGGCGUCAACGAGGGCCAGGGCGGCACGAUCGAUGAAAGAAAGACCAAGGAGAAGGUCGACAACAGCGGCACUCCCACAAAGACCAGCACUGCCAGCAAGAGCGGAUCUGUGACGAAGAGCAGAAAGAACAACAAGGAGAACCAACCAUUCUCCAGGCAUAGUCCAUCUCCCAGGGUUUCAUAUGAGCAUGCAUUGAACAGCAUCUCCAGCAACAAGAACGUUGAAGAGGAGAUCAUUGUCAAGGCCAAAGACAAUGCGCAGGCGGUCGGCUAUCCCACUCACAAUCGUACCACAACCGCCACCACAGAGGAUGUCAAUGGCAAAGAGGAAGUCAUUGUCAUCACUACUACUACCACUACCACAGAGGAUGUCAACAACAACAAGAGCGCCAGCGCAUCCAGCUCCACCUCUGGCCCCGGCUCUAUCCCGAGCAAGAAAGAUCCAAAGGGCAAGGGCAAGGCCAAGGCAGUCUUCCCUCCUCCCUCCACCCUUCCUCCGCCCUUGAUCUUGUCCGCCUCCGCCGGACCUUCCUCCACCAGUGCCGCUGGCCCAAGCUCCCCCAAGAUCUCGGUUUCGAACGUCAACCCGCGGAAGCGCGCCCGGGAAGACAGCGAGUAUGGUAACGAGAACCACAACGCCAAUAACCACCACAAUCUCGGUAAUCCGUCUUCUCUGUCCGCCCAAAUCACCAAGAUCUACUCGAGGGAGCAACAGCAUUAG